GUUGGUUGGGUUCGCCGGAUUGAACAUGUCGAGAUACAGAAUUCACCUUCACUCGUGUGUACACUCGGUUUUUAGUAUAGUGGCUAUCGUGGCUAUCGUGUCACGUGUACACCAACACUCAAACACGUAGAGGUAGAAUCAUACAGCAGGUAAGCUUGGCAUACCGUUUAAAAAUGUGGAGGGGAGUCUUCUGGUAGCGAGGUACAACCGCCGGACAUAACACUCGACAAACUCGUCGCUCGUGCUCAUAACCAAUCAUUUUUUAAAUCAGCCUUUUAAUAACAAGUUUCCAUUCGAAAAUGUGAAAAUACGCACGAGAGAUCAUGAUGCGACAAUGCGCAUCUCGACAAUACAUAGUGGCAUUCACUCUUCAGUAUUUAGCGACCAAUGAUAAAGUGCGCGCUUUUUUGAUAUGAAUUAACCCAGUGACCCCCUUCUAGCCGCACUCAUUUUAUUGCCAUUUUUUUUUCAAUGACCAACAAUUCAUAUGAUUCAUGUGGUUGGAGUCAAACAAGACAGAACGUUGUGAUAGUGACGCAUAAAUGUGGAUUUUCGUGAAUGCAAAGGUGAUUAGAAAGUUUGCCAUUUGGGUCAAACCCAUGUAAAUACUACCUGGAGUUAGAACUCAUUAAUGCCUAAUUUUUAUCAUUUGUGUAAACACUGUGAAAUCGAGUACCAUUGACGUAAGAUCGAGAGUAUAGAGGGAAUUGAGGGAUGGGUUGUGAGUCAGUGUCACUUAUUUUGGAUUCAAGCUGAGGAAUAGUAUGGUACAAUGAAUAUUCCGAUAGUGGCAGGCGAUAUCCUGGAUGAUGAAGGUUACAAGCCACGUUUUGUUCGGGGCUCGGACCCCAGAGUUGCUACAUGCCGAGGUAAAUUGCAAAACAAACGGAGUAAACUCAAUCAGGAGAUCAACAAAGAAUUGAGAUUACGUGCUGGUGCUGAGAAUUUAUUUAAAGCAACGACAAACCGGAAAUUAAAGGAGACUGUUGCCCUCGAGCUGAGCUUCGUCAACUCUAAUCUUCAGUUACUCAAGGAACAGCUGGCUGAGCUCAACAGUUCUGUUGAACUCUAUCAGAAUGACGGAACGGAGCCAAUCAUGCCGAUGAUCCCGCUGGGCCUCAAGGAGACGAAAGACAUCGACUUCCGGGAUCCAUUCAAGGAUUUUAUAUUGGAACAUUACAGCGAAGACGGAGAGCAUUAUGAGGAGGCCAUUGCAGAACUCAUGGAAACACGACAGGCAACACGAACACCGACGAGAGAUGCAGCAGGAAUCGCCCUCCUUCUGCGCUAUUACAAUCAACUGUACUUCAUCGAGAGGCGCUUCUUUCCCCCAGACAGGAGUCUGGGUAUAUACUUCGAGUGGUUUGACUCAUUAACAGGAGUACCGAGCUGUCAGCGAACUGUUGCUUUCGAAAAGGCCUCGAUACUCUUUAAUGCGGGUGCAUUGUACACUCAGUUGGGUGCCAGACAGGACAGAAGGAGUGCCAAAGGGCUCGAUCAAGCGGUGGAUGCCUUUUUAAGAGCUGCUGGCACUUUUAGAUAUAUCCAUGAAAAUUUUACCAAUGCUCCUAGCAUGGAUCUCGGACCUGACAUGCUAGAUAUGCUCGUACAGCUGAUGCUCGCCCAGGCUAGAGAGUGUCUCUUUGAGAAGUUGGAAUUACAAUCAAGGGAGGGAAGAAAUGUCGACGUUUCUUUAGAUCUUGCUCAAGAAGCUGCACAGGUGGCAGCUGUAUAUAACGAUGUCCACGGUGUUAUAUCCCGUGAGCCAGUUCGCGAUUAUGUGCCAGAAUCGUGGAUAUCCCUGGUCCUUGUUAAACGAGAGCAUCAUCUGGCGCUUUCACAUAAACACUGCGCCGCUGGACUGCUUGACAGACCCAUCGCUGAGUUUCGCACCGAGACCAAACUCACUCUUGAACAUAUUCAAGAGAAUGAUGGCAAGACUCAAAUUGAUUACAAUGUGCCAAAGGAUGAUAAGGAGAGAAAUUUAUUGGGAAGAGCCCACUUGAGAGAAGCUCUGGUACUCCAUGAGGAGAGCCAACGACUCCAGAGGAUGUGUCGAGAGUUGAAGGGCAAACAAGCUUUAGCCAAGGUCCUCAAGAGGGCACACGAUAUGACGUUGAAGGAUUAUAGCGAAGCCGGAGACGAGGAUGAUUUCCGAGAAUUACUGGAUCCCCCUCAUAUAAUUGCUUCAACGAAAUUCCAAUUGAACAUCACGCACCCAGACUUCAGUCAGCACGGUGUCGAUGAUCUCUUCAGGUCCCUUGGCCCAGUCGCUAUUUUCUCAGCAAAACGACAUUGGACAGCCCCACGUCUCAUCCAACUACAACGGGGACCAGGGGGUGAAGGCUUUGGAUUUAGUGUUCGUGGAGAUGCGCCUGUUAUAAUCGCUGCAGUAGAUCACAACUCCCUCGCUGAUCUGGGCGGUAUGAAAGAAGGAGAUUUUAUCGUGAGUAUUGGUGAUAAGGAUGUGAAAUGGGCUUCCCACGAGCAAGUUGUACGCUUGAUCAAGCAGUGCGGAGACUCGAUAAGUUUGAAACUCGUCACGCCCAUGGAUAGAAAUUAUCUCAAGAAACCGAUCAAGUCAUGUCAUCAUGACAGGGGAAGCGUAUCCGCGAGCAGUUCUUCCGGGAUAUCAUCGGGGCAACCGAGUCCAGCGGGUUCUGUGACGACUGCUCACGUUGCCAGAAAAAUUCCCUGGAAUCCUUUUAAAAAAUCCACUCAGAGAGACAGCAGGGAUCUUACUUUCGACAACGUCAUCUUGAGAUGAUUCCAUCAUCCUAUUCUCCUUGAUUACGAAAAUUACGAGUCACAGGAGUAGUAAAAAAUUACUCAAAAGGGAGGGAAUAAUGAUCAUUCGAGAGGCUCGUCAUAUUGUAAUUCUUUGACUUGCCUCAGUAAUCCACAAGUUUCCUCACAAAUCAAUUAAUUAAAUGAUAAAUUAAAGAAUGUAAAUAUUGAAUCUGUUUUCUUUUUGUGUUCAAGAAGAUCACAUGAAUCGGCCAUUUUAGAUGGAUUAAGAAAAACUGUGGAUUACGGCUGCGGUAACGGAUUUUAAAUUUUCGUUGAAAAAUAUUAUGACAAAAUGUAAUGCCAAAUUGAGAUGUCGCUUUAAUCUAAACCAUAUUACUUUUCGCUGUAUUAUUGUAUUGAGCGAAUGCAGAAUUACAGUAUGCAUAGGUGCAUACAAAAUAAAAGAAUUAUUUUUUUGGAGAAAUUUAAUUAUUCACGAAUGUGCCACUUAACUGCAAAGAUGAUGGAUGAAAUUAUUUUUUUAAAAGGGAAAAUAAUUGUCACUCGUUUAAGAUUUUCGCAGUGCAUUCCGAAAUUGUACAUAAAUAAAUGCAACAAACAAACUCUAAUUUUGUAUUCUUAAUUGGAAACUCUGUCGAAUAUGUGCUGUAACAUGAAUGCCUAUAUAAUUGAGAAUAAAAAUUAAAUAUAAAA